AUGUGGAAGUUUGCAGUUGAUGUAGCCUAUUGGCUACCGACUGUGCUGAUGGCGCUUUUCACGCUGCUGGUGGUCCUUGUCGCUAUUGGCUUGUCCAAAGGAUUCUUCCGGGUUAGUUUGUCGUCCUUAGCGUGGCGUCGUAUUUUGUCCCUUGCUGGCAUGUCGUUUCGCCAGAGGCAACUUCUGGCUUCUAUGCAGGCGGAGGAGUUGGUGGAAGCUGCGUUGCGCGCCGCUGGUUGGAAACACGUAUUUCUUCGCCGACGUGUGCGUGUACAGCGCCUCGGGCACAACCGUGAAAUUGAUGUGGUGGCGGUGGGGCCUGUUGUACUUGUGGUGGAGGUAAAGCACUGGCGCGGCCAAGUUUGGAGCAACGGCCCGCGGUGGUUUCAGUGCCCAAAUAACACUAGGCGUGCGUUGGAGUUUGAGGAUAUUCAAGAAGACAACUUAGUAAAAGCAGCCGCACUUCGUCGCUUUAUUGAAAAUGACAAACGGAUCCCGCUUUCAGACUAUUACAUGCUCAAAACCAAUAGUUCACUUAAUGCGGAGGGUGUUAUGGAGGAUAAGUCGCGGGAGCAAGGCACGUGGUAUACGGACCGUCGUGUGCAUAAGCAAUGUGGUGAACUUGUUGUACCGGUCGUCGUCUUUACGAAUCCUGCUGUGAUAUUGGACCCUAGCACGGUCAAGAAAAAGGAAUGUGUCUUUGAUCUUUCCUCCUUUCAAUCUUUUGCAGCGCAGCUUAUGCACGACAUGCGUGGGCCCUUGAGUGUUGAUAGACCUUGGGGACGCCUGGCACAAGUGUUAUGUUCCGUGUUUUCUGGGUCAGCGAAAAGACCUUUGGCACUUUCCACCAUGGAGGAGGAACGCGUUGCCGCCGCUGUGGAAACGAUGCGGACAUGGGACAUGAUUUACCUGCACAGCGGCCGCCUGAUUCAUGGGGAUGUUACGGAACUCUGUCUCCCUUCCAUUAACCGCCAGAUUGAGCGUAAACACGUGUUGGAUGUUGAGGUUUGCUGGUUUGACGGAGUAGUGGGUUUCCUGCGGAGCCUUUGGGAGGGCACUAGUGGCACGGUGCGUGUGCGACUUGGGGCCACCCAGCGACUGGUGAUGAGGCGUGAUGAAAUUGUCAUCCCCAUCACACGGAGAAACCUGAAGCAUAUGAAGGCCAAUGAUCGUCUGGUGGUAAAGAUGGCCGGUAGCAGAGAUACGGAGACUGUGGCCCUGGCUGACAUAUACAGAAUGCGGUUUAGUCAUCACAUGGAGGAUUAG